CACCACCAUCCUGGCCUCCCAGGCCUCCAAUCCGCUGCGCAUGUUGGUCUCGUCCACAUCCCCCGCACCACCCAUACGUCAUCGAGGCUCAAAUGACCUCUUCGUCAUCAGGAUUGAGUAUUUUGCCCUUGGGCACUUCUCGAUGGCGAAUUCGGAACUUCUGAUCGUGGCCCGGCCCUCGCCGCACGUCGUCGAGGUAUCUCUGAAUCGACCUUCCAAGUUGAACGCAUACUCUCCAGCUCUCUGCGACGCUCUGGUCGACACCCUCACGUCUCUGGCGAAGGACACGGAGGCCUACGUCCUGGUCCUGCGUGGCGAGGGCAAGCACUUCUGCGCCGGCCUGGACUUCGGCGAGGCGACCAGCGCCAUUACGCCGACGGGUGAUGACGCGGCGAGGAUCUCCCUGAAGAUGCGCGCGGCUGUCGAUAGCUUCCAGAAGCCUUGCGACCUGCUCGCAAAGCUCCCGCAGGUGACCAUCGCCUGCGUCCACGGCGCCUGCGUAGGGGCCGGAGUAGACCUUGCGGCGGCCUGCGACAUACGGUAUUGUUCGGAGGACGCGAAGUUCUCCAUCAAGGAGGUUGACGUUGGCCUCGCUGCUGACCUCGGCUCACUUCACCGUGUGCCAAUGAUAUCGGGAAACAUGAGCUGGGUCCGCGAGCUCGCGUUCACGGGCCGACCGUUCAGCGCCGAGGAGGCGCCCUCUCCUGGGCCGCCCUCUGCGGCUGGUCGCGGCUCCUCCGCUGCCGCCUCCCACGAGAGGACGAGGAGGAGGGGGACCAGUGUAAGCCAAGAGUCAUCAACUGCAAGACAACCGAUCGAAGACCCUGAAGCAUGCCAAAACAUGAUUCUCGGGACUAACAACAGGAGUGGGGACACGGUCGAGACCCAGGUGUACAUCCCGCGGGCAUCUGUCAGAAAAAACGUUUUGGAGCCCUCGUGUGGGUGUCGGAGCGAGUUGUGGUGCUCGUCGGGGCCCUGUUGGACGAUUUGCCGCGUGCUUGCCAACAAUGCCCCCAGGUCCCACGGCAAUCGUGGCACAGCAUCGGCAAUAGCUCUUUCUGCGGCAAACCUGUUCAAUGUUCGCCGUGUACGCACAGGGGAAUUGGCGAGAACCCACGUGUACUUACGACGAGCAGAUGUUCAAAGCCCAGAGGAGCGAUUAUCGACUUAUUUUCAAAGAGGCUGGAUGUCUCGCUUCUGUGGCGCCGGGCCAGAAGACCCCGUCCCUGCGGGCUGUGGCGGGGGAGCUGGCCAGGACAUCACUCGCUGCCAAGUCCCCCGUGGCCUUGCGCGCAACGAAGGAGAUGUGCUGUUACGCGGAGGCGCACACACCCGACGAGUGCAUGCGCUACGUCAAGG